AUGCGGUUGGACGUUAAGAGAAGCCUCUUCGCCCGGAGCGAGCGGGUGAAGGGUAUUGACUUUCACCAACAUGAGCCAUGGGUUCUCACGACACUCUAUUCCGGCCAAUGCCACAUCUGGAACUACGAGACGGGCCAGAUUGUCAAGACGUUCGAGCUCACCGAUGUCCCUGUGCGAGCGGGUCGCUUCAUCUCGAGGAAGAACUGGAUUGUCUGCGGCAGCGAUGACUUCCAGAUGCGGGUGUACAACUACAACACGUCCGAGAAGAUUACGAGCUUCGAGGCUCACCCCGACUACAUCCGUGCCCUGGCGGUCCAUCCCACCCAGCCGUUUGUGCUCUCUGCCAGCGAUGACAUGACGAUCAAGUGCUGGGACUGGGAGAAGGGAUGGAAGUGCAUCCAGGUGUACGAGGGCCACAGCCACUACGUUAUGGGACUGGCAAUCAACCCCAAGGACACCAGUCUGUUUGCGUCUGCCUGCUUGGACAGGACCGUGAAAGUGUGGUCGCUUGGAUCUAGCACUGCCAACUUUACCCUGGAGGCGCACGAGACCAAGGGCGUCAACUUUGUCGACUACUACCCCCACUCCGACCGGCCUUACAUUCUCACGACGUCCGACGAUCGGACAAUCAAGAUCUGGGACCUGACGACCAAGUCUCUCCAGGCGACGCUGGAAGGUCACACGAACAAUGUGUCAUUCGCGGUCUACCACCCGGAGCUGCCCAUCAUUGUGUCUGGUUCAGAGGAUGGCACGAUCAAGAUCUGGCACAGCGGCACGUACCGUCUCGAACAGUCGCUCAACUACGGACUGGAACGUGCGUGGUGUGUAACGUACCAGAAGGGCAAGCAGGGCGUCGGUGUCGGGUUUGACGACGGCAUCGUGGUGAUCAAGAUGGGCCGCGAGGAGCCGGCCAUCUCGAUGGACGCGUCGGGCAAGGUGAUUGCGGCCAAGAACAACGAUGUGGUGUCGGCGAUCAUCAAGCCGGACCCGACGGUGAAGGGCAACGAGCCGAUCAACCUGCAGACCAAGGACUUUGGGCAGUGCGAGGUGUACCCACAGACGCUGCAGCACUCGCCCAACGGCCGGUUUGUGGCGGUGUCGGGCGACGGCGAGUACAUUAUCUACACGGCGCUAGCCUGGCGGCAGAAGGCGUUUGGCAAUGCGCUGGACUUUGUCUGGGGCAGCAAGGACAACAGCAACGACUACGCGGUGCGCGAGUCGGCGACGUCGGUCAAGAUCUACAAGAACUUUGUGGAGAAGAGUGGCGGGCUCGACGUGGGCUUCCAGGCAGAUGGACUCCACGGCGGCAUCCUCCUGGGCGUGCGUGGUGCGGGAGGCGUGUCGUUCUUCGACUGGCAGAGCGGCAGCCUUGUGCGCCGGAUCGAGGUAGAGCCGCGGGAAGUGUACUGGUCGGACAGCGGCGAGCUGGUAUGUCUUGCGUGCGAGGACACGUUCUACAUCCUGCGGUUCUCGCGCGAGAGCUACGCUGCGGCAGUGCAGGCAGGCGAAGUCGAGGACGACGGGGUGGAGGCGGCGUUCGAGGUGAUCACAGACCAGAACGAGGCCGUGCGCACGGGCAAAUGGGUGGGCGACUGCUUCGUAUACACGAACAGCACGAACCGGCUCAAUUACCUGGUUGGCGACCAGACGUACACGAUCUCGCACACGGACGUGCCGAUGUACAUUCUGGGCUACAUCCAGAGGGACUCGAGAAUCUACCUGGCCGACAAGGACAUCAACGUGACUUCGUUUGCGCUUUCCGUCAGCCUUCUCGAGUACGAGACAUGUGUUCUUCGCGGCGACAUGGACGCAGCCGCAGAGCUACUUCCGACGAUUGAGGACAGCCAGAUGAACAAGGUGGCCCGCUUCCUGGAGGGACAAGGCCUCAAGGAGCUGGCACUGGAAGUGGCAACGGAUCCAGACCAGAAGUUCGACCUUGCGCUUUCGCUAAAUCGGCUCGACGUUGCGCUGGAGCUUGCGCGGACGGCCGACGUGGAACACAAGUGGAAGUCUGUUGGUGAUGCGGCAUUGACAACAUGGGAUGUGACUCUUGCAUCGGAGUGCUUCUCGCACUCAAAAGACCUGGGAUCGCUUCUGCUGCUGCACAGCUCAACGGGCAACCGGGAGGGUCUGGCAGAGCUGGACAAACUGGCGACGGAGGCUGGAUCGUACAACGUUGCUUUUACGAGCCGGUGGCUCUUGGGCGACGUGGAUGGCUGUAUUGAGACGCUUUCAAAGACGGGCCGGCUCGCAGAGGCAGCGCUGUUUGCACAGACGUACAAACCCAGCUCGGCGGCAGCGGUGGUGGGCGAGUGGAAGCAGAGCCUGGAGAAGGCGAAGAAGGGACGGGUUGCCAAGCUGAUUGGGGUUCCGGGCGAAGAUGAGGAGCUAUUUCCGGAAUGGAACGAGUGGCUGCAGCUGGAGAAGCAGGGGAGCUUGCCGGCAGAAGGGAAGCUCGUGGGCGUAGAGGAGCCUGCGGAGAAGGAAGAGGAAGAGGCAGCGGAAGAGGAGGCAGCAGAAGAAGAGGCAGAGGAAGAGGAGGAAGAAGAGUCUUCGGAUGAGUAG